UUUGAUUUGAUUUCUACUUUGUUCUUUCUCUCUUGAAAGCUACGUGUUUGUUUGCAAGAACUCAAAACGACUAGUGUCGUGCAGUCAGUCAGUAAAUUAGUUUUUCGAUCUUAUGAGUAUACAGGAUGUUUUUUUGAAGAUAAUUAAUGUUUUGAAGAUCAAACUGAAUAUUUAUAGGCUAUUGACUUGCAGAUAUAUACUCAAAUACUAAGAGUGAUUUAGACAACCAGGUGUUAUCAUUCGCAUCCCCGCAUUAGUUGUGGUUUAUGUCCCAGUACUGCGACCUUAUGCGUCCUAAUCAUCUACCUUUGAGUUACCAGUCUGGUACUUUGCUUAAAUGUUACACUUCGAAUGGGGAAUUUUCCAAAUAUUGUUUUCGCUACUUCAUAUUUGUGUGAUGAAUCAAAAAGUUGGCUGAAACCCUUCUUGAAUCACAUGUUACUUUUUUGAAGCAAAUCAGGUGAGCUGUGGUGCGUUCUGAGAGCGAUGCACUUGUCAUAUUGAUAAAAGUUUUGUCUCAUUUGAUCCUUAUGAUGGGAACCAUUUGGUCUUGUGUUUAAUUGAAUACUAAUACGUCUGCCCAAGACAUAAAGUGGGACACGUACGGUAUUGACAAUUUUGAUCACAAAUGACAGAAAAAUACAAGACGUACAAAUAAAAACAGGGUUUUUGCAUUUUCAAAGAAAACACCGCUAGUGAUAACUUCAGUUUAUUUUUUCACUACUUUUGAUUGAAUUUCAGUAGUUUGGAAUUGAACACGACCAUUUGGUCCAUUAAAGUAGAUUGCACACCUACUACCAAUUUCACUCAUAUUUCUUUGUCUUACUAUUGUAUAGUGGUGGAUAAUGUACUUAAAAUGUGCAUCCACAUCAGACGACGAAAAGUGUAUUCACCCUUUGAGUUUUGCUUUACGCUUAUGUAGAAUCUACAGUAGAUCGCAUGCACCAUGUUCUCCAGCUCGAAGUUUACUAACAGACUUUUUUUGAAGUACACUAAGAAGAAAAAUACGUUUCAUCGCUCUACGAGCAAUGCAACAUUAUUCAUGAAGUUGAAUUCAAAUCACCAGUUCUUAACAACAAGAUAGUCUGAUCAUUUUUCUUAUUUUUCAAAAUGGUGUUCAUCAUGGAUUGAUACCAGUUGGAGGAACAUUGGGAACCUGAGAGCAUUGAACAGCUGUUUCGUCCUAGCAUGGGACUCUUCAGUGAUACGCGCUCAUGACCCCACCCAAGAUCUUCAAGUUCCGUGGAUAGCAUGUUAACAUUGAGCCACUGGGUCGGAAUCCAAUCCUUCAUAUUUCUAACUUCUGUCAGUUCACGACAUAGCUCGUCCAUCCCCCAAUUUCAUCGUUGAGUAUUUAUCCUCGCAGCCACCAGGUUUGCCCCACUGGUUACUUCUCAUUGGAACUUCAAAAAUCACCUCUCGAAGGUAGUCGCCAAUGAGCACUAAUUCAAUUUAAAUUGGUGGAUUUGUGGGGGAAAAUCACUAAAUCGCCACAAAACCACAAAUUAAUUUUUUCUUAACUUAAGGAGUAUUUACCAGUUUUAAACUCACUGACAGUUUUGCCUAUUUUUUACUGAUUUAAUAUCAUCAUGCUUUCAUUAUUAAGAAGACGGGAUGAAUGUUGUGAACGAUCUACUUCCAUCAUCUCGAAGCUAAUUUUCUUCACCUUUGUUCACUGUAACGUUCAAGAGCAAAUGAUGAAGAAAACUAUGGAGUUCUGCGCUUUAAUGGAUUCACAUAAUUCAGACAUAUUGAUUGUUUUCAACAGAAAGACUGCUGGGAGAUGGCAUAAUGUGCAGCGCUCUGAAGAUUUCUAUAGCCAAGCAUCUUUUUAUAUCCUCAGGAAGAAACUGUGGUGUUUUCAGUCACUAACAGUUUAG